AAAGCUUAUGAAAAAAAAUGUUGAAAAUUAAUUGUUUAUUUUUAAUAAUUUCGUGCUUAUUUUAUGUUAAUGGUCGAAUAAUUGCACGAUCAAAUGUUGAAAUUGAAAAACCAAGUUUAGAAUGGUGGCAAGAUACAAUAUUUUAUCAAAUUUAUCCAAGAUCUUUUAAAGAUACUGAUGGCGAUGGAAUUGGUGAUUUAAAAGGUAUCACAGAAAAAUUGGCAUAUUUAAAAGAAUCUGGUAUUGAUGGAACAUGGCUAUCACCCAUUUUCAAAUCACCCAUGGUUGAUUUUGGUUAUGAUAUUUCGGAUUUUAAUGACAUACAGCCUGAAUAUGGUACAAUGAAAGAUUUCGAGGAAUUAAUACGAGAAGCAAAUAGAUUAGACAUUAAAAUUAUUUUGGAUUUUGUACCAAAUCAUUCAAGCGAUCAACAUAAAUGGUUUGAAAAAUCGAUAAAACGUGAACCGGGGUAUGAGAAUUUCUAUAUAUGGCAUCCAGGAAAAAUUUUAGAAAAUGGAACUAGAGUACCACCAAAUAAUUGGAUAAGUAUUUUUACUGGCCCAGCUUGGGAAUGGAACGAGGAACGACAAGAAUAUUAUUUCCAUACAUUUACAGUUCAACAGCCUGAUUUAAAUUUCCGUGAUCCAUUACUGGUUGAAGCAAUGAAGGAUGUUUUAAGAUUUUGGAUGGAUAAAGGAGUAUAUGGAUUUCGUGUUGAUGCUGUUCCACAUUUAGUUGAACAAGAUCAUCUUAAAGACGAGCCUUUAAACACAGUGUGUUGUUACAAACCAAACGAAUGGGGUUACCUUGAUCAUAUUUAUACAGUUAAUCAACCUGAAAAUUAUGAAGUAAUCAAAGGAUGGCGUGAAACUUUAGAUGAAUAUUCACGUACACAUGACAAUGUCUCAAGAGUUAUGAUGACAGAAGUAUAUGCAGAUGUUGCAACUUCAUUGAAAUAUUACGAUGCGGGAGCUUCAUUCUCGUUUAACUUCGGUUUAGUUAAUAAUUUGCAAAAAGAUUCGACAGCAAAAAGUGUCAGUGAUAUAUUAUUGGGAUGGUUAGACAACGUUCCUUCGAAUUAUACAUCAAAUUGGGUUAUGGGUAAUCACGAUAAUAACCGUGUGGCAACAAAUAGUGGUCCUGAUCGGGUUGAUGGUAUAAAUAUGAUGUUAUUAAUACUACCUGGUAUUGGAGUUACUUAUAACGGUGAAGAAAUUGGUAUGGAAAAUGGACAUUUAACAUGGGAACAACAUCAAGACACAACUUGUAUCAAGGAAGAAUUUGAUUCAGGCAAGUGUCGUGAUUUUGAACGCACUCCAUUUCAAUGGGACGAUUCACAUAUGGUUGGUUUUACAACUGGCAAUAAUCCAUGGUUACCAGUUGAUCCAUCGUAUAAAAAAUUAAAUUUGAAGUUACAACAAGAAGCAGAGGAAAGUCAUUGGAAAGUUUAUAAAGCAAUGGCGGAGUUACGUAAAACUGAUAUUUUACGAUAUGGUAAUUGUUCGAUUACUGUUAGUGAAUCGGGAUCUUCACUAAUUAUAAAUCGGAUUUUCAAUAAAACUGAUAUGUAUUCGCUUGUUUUUAAUUUGGGUUCAAAAUUUGAAAAUGUUCGAGCCUUUAAUACUGGCGUUGGACAAGUUAUUGUACGAAGUAGUAAUGUAAAAGAUGUCGAAGUUGGAGAUGUAGUUGAUUUAGAAAAUGUUCCGGUAAAUCCAAAUGAAGCCUUUGUGCUAAAACGUUAUAUUAAAGAUCAAAAAUAAUGAAAAUAAGUAGACGCUUGGAAAAUCUGAGUGAAACAAAAACUCCAUAAAAUUUUCAUAUUUUGGGACCAUUUUGAAAAGAGAA